UAACUUCGUAUGCACACGUAUAAUACAUCUUUGGGUGCCAUAACAGUGUUGAAUACAAGAAACAUGUUAUGCUCGUAGUAAUUAACGUGAAUUAAUUUACACGUAGUACCUAAACCAUUACCCAUAUACCUGGGUGGUUACACCUCCGCGUAAUCUGCAUCAACUGCUCUGCACACCAUUCCGCCGCUGCCGCCGAGUUGCCCGCGUAAGGACACCUGUUAAUUAUUGCGCAAAACGGCGUAGUAUCAAUAAUUCAUAUCGGGGAAUUUAUGAGAGCAACCCGCGACUGCGCCCGUGACGAAUCUCCGGCACCGUCAAAAAUGCGAAUCUGUGGCAGGCCGUUCUAUCGGCUGCGAUUAUUUAUCGUCGUAUUCAGCGCCGUCGCCACAGCGUCCGUGCACGGCUUGCGAAACGUCAAGCCCGAAGGUCCAUGCGAUCCAGGAGAAUUGGUAUUUGUUGGUUUUUGCAACUUGUGCCUGUGUAAUUCUCAGCGAAUGCCAAAUCAGCUUUGCGCUAAAUCAUGGUGUCCUGUUCAAACAGUAUUACCACCCAGAAAUAGUUUACUGUAUUCAAGCACAAAUAAACCAUACACAUGAGGAUCAUUAUUUACCAUCCAUGUGGAAUGUAAAUAUAUUAUGAAUAACAGUUUUAAAUUUAACAAAAUACAUGUAAAUUUAACAGGUCUAAUUUAUUGUCAAACUCUGCAUAGAAUUAUGAUAAAAAUAGACACAAAAAUAUGUUUGCUGCAAUUAAAUAACUAUAAGUUUAAUAUAAUCUCUUA